ACAGAAUAAAAUCAGAAUCAUGGUUUUCAAAACUACCAAACUGAACAAAACCCCGCGAAUUUGUAGGAUAUAUCUUCUUCCUACGAUUCAGGGACGGUUGUUUUUUCAUUAUAUAUACAUUUUCUCAUCUCAUUCCAAAACCCCUUUUCAUUUUUAUUUACUGCCACAGUAAAAUUUAAAUAAAGAAUAAGUAAAAAAUGAUGAUGCAAAAAGAGUCCCUAUCAUUCAUCACUGAAGAAAAUGUGUCACUUAUUUUACAAAGGUACUCGCCUUCAACAAUUUUAACUUUGCUUCAAGAAGUGGCUCAAGUUCAAGAUGUAAAAAUAGAUUGGAAUGCAUUGGUUAAAUAUACCAAAACAGGCAUAACAAAUCCCAGGGAAUACCAAAUAUUGUGGCGACAUUUAGCUUAUUGUGACCCGUUACUGGAAAAGUUGGAAGCUGAAGCUCAGCCUCUGGAUGAUGAUAGUGAUCUAGAAUGUGAACUCCAAGCUUUUCCAAAUGUUAGUAAUGAGGCUUCAGCAGAGGCUGCAGCUUGUGUGAAGGUACUCAUGGAUUCUGGGUCACCAAAUCACUGUAUUGAAAAAGGCUUGACCAUGGAGGCUCCAAUGACUAUAAAUAUACCGCGACCCAAAUCUACCCAACCUCCAUCAGAAAAUCCACAAUUUGUUACUUCACUGAGUGGGAUCAAUAUAUCAGUUCCCAUUUACAUUCCAAAACCAGGGCUUCCAACAGUUCCUUCUGCUGAAGGGUUAGAUGCAGUUGACUGUACAGACAAAAAAUUCCCACCUAAGAGGAAAAGAAAAGCAUGGUCUGAAGAAGAGGACCAGGAACUUAUUGCUGCUGUACAAAAAUCCGGGGAAGGGAAUUGGGCCAACAUGUUAAAAGGAGACUUUAAGAGUGACAGAACUCCUAUACAGCUAUCUCAGAGGUGGAACACUAUUAAGAAAAGUCAAAGAUACACAGUUAUGAACUCUGGUUCACAACUUUCUAAGGCACAACUAGCAGCUCGGCGAGCACUUAAUAUUGCCCUUGAUAACCCCAGAGUGACUACUCCAAAGGUUCCUUCGCCAUUAGGCAGGACAAAUCCUGUAACAAUCUUGGUGCAACCACCUGUGGCUGACCCUCCAUUCUCGACAACGCUCUCGCAAAGUUAUGAUUCUGCCCCUACAGGACUGAAAAGAGUUGUUCCGAGACCUCAACCGUUUUUGACUAAACCUCUUGCCUCAGGCCCGGAUGCAGUAAAAGCAGCUGCAGUUGCUGCUGGUGCGCGGAUUGCAACCCCAAAGGAUGCUGCAGCAAUAAUGAAGCAACAAAUGAAAAGUACUAUCCACAUCAAAACAACUAGAUCGCCAUCUACACCCAGGGCUCACAUGGCUUCAGACUAUUUUCGUGCUCCAUAUUCUAGACUCUCACCAAAUGCACCACGGUCUAACACAGGCUCAACCCUUCCUAAAUUAAACGUUGGAGCUGUGAUUCAGUUGAAUCAGUUCAAUAAGGGGCAAGAUAUGAACGUGUCAUCUGAAAUUAAAGCUGACCAUGUGGUUACAAUUUCCAGCUCAGCCCACUCACCAGACCCUGUCCAAAAUGAUAAAGUGGUGGUCUCUGGCAAUCAUGAGGUGGCUUUCAGCAAUCAAGAUGCCAGAUUGGGUUCAAUGGAUCUAGAUCAACAAGCACAGCCUCCUGGUUCAAGUAAUCCACCAAAUGCAAAUUAUGAAUUAUCUGAACCUUGUUAACUUUGUACACAAGAAUGCUAUUUUUACAUUUUUGGUUUUGUUACGGAUUCUUGCAAGCAAAUUAUAGGUUUUUGAUUCCUGUCAAUAUUCUGGCUCACACUUAGGGUGUUUAUAAAAUUAUCCGGUUAUCUUGUGGAUGAUUAACUUAUCAACGUAAUGAAAAUGAUUUUGUUGGUGCCA